GUUUGACACGCAGGAAAUCUCAUGCAAAUGCCGGACCCGAAGCUGAUCCUCUCGGAGAAUCGCAGCACAUUUAUCUGUCGGCACAACAAUGAGGAUUUCCGGCUCUCAAACGUCUCAUUUGAUACAGUGGAAUCAGAUUUGUGGUCAGCUAAAGCCAGAUUACCUGCGUCUCCUGAACACCUUCACAAAACGGCCCAGAUUAGCUGGGAUUUUCCACACACUUUACACUUUCUCCCCCUCGGCUGUAUGGAAGGAUUAUGUUUUGUCUCCUCGCUUUUAAUCUAUUUGGUAAAUGUGUGUUUGACACCGAGCCGCUCUUAUAUGAGUGUGUUCUCUGAAGCCCAUGGCAUUGUGGGUCCAGGAGUGGCAGGAGAACAUGUUCGUGGACCAGAAGCGCUUCUCGUUCAGCAUCGACCGCAUUCUGGAGAACCGGGAGCCCGUCUCGGAGAGCCCUGGUGUUUCGGGAUCCUGCGAGGAGAAGCUGGCCUCGGGAUCCGCUCCGGAGACUCACGGAUGCUUGUGUUCGCACUGUGGAGAGAUUAUACACCUUUGGGGUCCGAGGAUGUUAGCAGACCCGGCUCCUGCUGCAGAAUCAUCCAGCUUCGCUCACGUUCAGAGGAGGGUUCGGCGGCACCGCACGAUCUUCACCGAGGAACAGCUGGAGGCUCUGGAGGACCUGUUCCGGCAGAACCAGUAUCCCGACAUCAACACCAGAGAGGACCUGGCCCAGCGCACACACCUGCGAGAGGAGAGAGUCGAGGUCAUCCUGAACCAUUCAUAA